UACCCCAUGGAAAGUACUUUUCAGACUGUCAAACUGAGAGAGUAUCCAUUUCAGCAAGUGGGAUGUAAUUCAUAACUUGAACCUGAAGUGCACUGGUAAGAAUAACCUACAGAUAAGGAUAUCUGGUUUUAUGACAGUCACUGAAGAACUUGGAAUCUACUAAAAAGUCCCAAAGAAAGUGUUCUCCAUAGUCCAGGCAUAAGCAGAUCUCCACCAGCCUCAAACACUGUUCCAGGGAAGGAUGGAGACUUUGCAGGCUACUUUCUUUUUGUUUGUGCUUGUACCUUUGGUAAGUCCAGCACCACCUCUACAGCAACAACCAUUCCAGUUUGAGGAGUAUGAUACAGAUGUUUCCAUGGGAAGCCUGAUCCAACAAGAUUAUGAAAUGCAAUCCAAGGAUAUAAUAAAGGAUGGAACAAAUGUUUCUCUUGACACUUCCCUAAGACUGCAAGGGGACGACAGCCAACUGGAUGUGCCCCCAACAAAGGAUACAAACCUGCCCACGUGCCUGCUGUGUGUGUGCCUGAGCGGGUCCGUGUACUGCGAGGAGAUCGACAUCGAGGUCGUGCCCCCCCUGCCCAAGGAGACAGCUUAUCUGUAUGCAAGGUUCAACAAGAUCAAAAGGAUUGCAGCCUCAGAUUUUGCUGACAUUACUACCUUGAGAAGAAUUGAUUUUAGUGGAAACAGGAUAGAAGAAAUAGAAGAUGGAGCCUUCUCAAAGCUUCUGUUGUUGGAAGAACUUUCUCUUGCUGAAAAUCGACUUGUAAAACUUCCUGUUCUACCUCCCAAACUAACAACGUUUAACGCAAACCAAAACAGAAUCAAGAGCAGAGGAAUCAAAGCAAAUGCUUUCAAGAAGCUCACAAAUUUGGCCUACCUCUACUUGGGGCACAAUGCACUGGAAUCUGUUCCGCUGAACUUACCGGAGAGCCUGCGGAUUCUUCACCUUCAGUACAACAACAUCACCACCAUCACGGACGACACGUUCUGCAAGUCCAACAACACGCGGUACAUCCGCACGCGCAUGGACGAGAUCAGGAUGGAAGGCAACCCCAUCGUCCUGGCAAAGCACGUCAAUGCCUUCUCCUGCCUGAGAAUGCUGCCCGUGGGCACCUACUACUAACCCUGCUUCUGCCACUGCACAGCCCAGAACUCAGCCAUGGUAACAAAGGAUCCUUUCUGCCUCUGUUUACAAGCUCGUAUCCUCUCCCUCACUAAUGCUGUUUUCCCUGCAUACCCAGAACCUUCUACGGCGUUGAAGUGUGGUUCUGCUUUGAAAUAACUAUUUCUAAACAGUCACUUUAGUCAGUAGUUGUGGUGUUGUCACUGCUUUCAGAAUCUUUUCUGUUAAUGGAAGUGUAAAAAUACAUAUAUGCACACACAUCUCAACCUUCACUUCAUCACGUACUCUUUUCGUGUAGGUAAAAUCACACAGUAACUGCUGGUUCACAUUCUUUGCCAGUAUUCAGAACAAUCACCACAUUUUACAUUUCAGAUAAAUGCAGCACACUCUUGGAGCAAGCUACACAGGCAAAACACUUCUUUUAAUUCCAAUGCCACUCUUUUAAUCUGAAAUGAAAUCUCUUCAGUUGCCCUUCAAGAGUGUAUUGGAUGAAGAUGCAUACAAAAGAAAGUUAUGUUGAGAAACAGACCUUCUCAAAGGUUAAUUUCAUUAAAUUCAUUGGUUUGUGAAAAAUGAAAACAAUUCCAAUUAAGGUUUAGUUCACCAAUCAAUAUAGCAACUGGAACUUUUCAAGGUUGUGUUAAAUCUCCUUCUACUGUUUUGCUUUGAAAAUUAUCUAAGAACGUGUAUGUAUAAAAAUACAGGUUUUAUUUUUACACAGGGCAGUUUGAAGUGAAAUAUAUAAGUUUUGCUGAGCUGUACUCACAAGAGCUGUUUUUGCAACACCAGUUUCCCAUUUUAACACAAUGGUCAAAGUCCAGCAUCGUAUGACUAUUAAUUAUGACUAAAGCUAUUAAUGAAUGAUGGAGACUGAGCCUUGUUCCACAGCUUUUCUUAAAGGAAAUGUGACAAUAUAAUUAACAGCAAGCUGAAUUCAUGUUUUUUACCUGUAAAUAAGUAUGAUUUCAGUUAGAUGUCAGUGAGAAGAAACAGAAUUACCCUUGUACAACAAUACUUCUGCUCAUUAGGGAAAAAUUAAAUCAGACUUUCAAAUUAAAAAGAGAAGGUGAUUCUAUCACUAAUCUAAAAAAAAAAAAAGAGUUAACUUCAAGCACCAUUUCACUCAACUACUUUAAACCAUGCAGUGUAUUAAAAACACAAAUUGAGUGUGCAGGCCUUGACAGUUUAUCUAAAACUAGACAUAAGUGAUAUAGGAACACAAUAUUUUUUAUUACACAACUAUAAACUUCUGACAUUGUUUCUCCCCUCAAAUACCUGCCACAGGUGUGAAUGCCAAAGGUGUGCUAGUUCCUACUGCCACAUCAACUCUAAGUUUGAAGCUAGUAUAGAUUCCUAAUUUGUAGAAAUAGUUAAGCAUCAAAUGCAUGAUGAUGUAUCAGUACAUCUAGAAUACUGAUUGUACAAGAUAUUUUGUAUUUUAUUUAUCUUAUUUAGCUAAGCCUUGAUUUGUUAGUGCUUGUGCUCUGGGGAAUUGAUGCCCACUUAAUUCUGAACACACUGAUGUUCUGUCACUCAAUGCUGAGGCUUAAGAGACUUUCAGCCAGUUUUUAAGUAACUUUGUCAAGCAUCAGCUGUGGGUUCAUCUUUCUGGAAAGAGGAUGCAACCAUGAAAUGCAGCACAAAAAUAUUUUUUUUUCUGAACCCACUACCCAAGAAAGACACAGCAAUCCCCAAUAUUUUUCAUUUUAAGUUACUUGGUCUAACAAGAAAUUCCAUUGCCUUAAUACAACUGACACCAAAACCCAAGUCCGACAGUAAUACUUGGUUUUAGUUUUUCCAAGUAAGUCAUAAAAUUUUGAUGUUUCCAGGUUUUUAGCAAAAGCUUAAAAAUAACUCCAAAGCAUGUAAAAACACAUUCCAAUUUCAAGCCAAAUUUAUACGAGGAAAAAACAAAAGCCACCAAUUCUCUCAUCCCUCUUGUGAUAAAAGCCUAAGAUGGAGAAAACACAGCUGGGUGUUUCCUCUAAGUUACAUAAGUAGUGGCCUCUGAUCUUUUUCUCAUCACAAAUCAUUAUUACUAAGGAAAAAAAAAAGAAAACAGCUCUUUCCAGUAUUAAUAGGAUCAGUAAAUAUCACCAAAACUCUUCCCAUGAAAACAAUUAUAAGUGUACACAUAAAAACAAGCAGAGUUUUGUAAUAUAUACACACAAGUAAACAUUCUGAGACCCAACACUGCCACAUCAUUCAUUUGACAUCAAAAUGUUGUAUAUAUUUUUGAAACGUGCUAAUUACCACCAGUAAUGCUAAUUAAUACUCUUAAUACUUUGUAAGCAAAUGAAAGCACACAACUGGUACCUUCUGAAUGCCUAAUGAAGGCAGUAAGUUAUCUGGUGUGUUUUAAUUUCCUUUCCCCACCCAUAGCAAGGUAAAUAACCAAAACAAGAAGUGAGAAGGGCUUCAGCAGGGAGGAUUUUCACCUUCUAUUUGUGUGACCAGUACUAAUAUCAAGCUGAAUGUAUCAAGCUGAAUGUAAACCAUUCUAUUUUUUUCCUAUCACUCUUUUCUGUUCUGUAUUUCCAAUAAAACUUGAAUUUUUUUUUUCUUGUU